AGCUUAUUGGAGGAAAUGACACUGAUGAAGCACCGGCUGUAAUGGAAUUUCUGAAAUGGCGGGGAGGCACGCCAUUGGCCCAUGCGCUCGUUUAUGGCUGCGUCCUCAAUCUAUGGAUGCAUCAUGGAGUCUGCUACAUUCUGCUUCGGCUCCUGGGUGCCUCUCGCGUCUCGUUGACUUCCUGUGAGGUGAAGCCAGGGCUCCUAUUUAUUCAUGCAGAUAUCAUGGUAGAGACACAGCGGUAUUGUCUCCGAUGGAGCAAUUAUCAGUCCAACGUCAUCUCAGCCUUUUCGGCGUUGAUGAAAGAUGAAGACUUUGUUGACGUCACAUUGGCCUGCGAAGGCAAGAGUUUGAAAGCCCACAAAAUGCUCCUUUCGGCAUGCAGUCCCUAUUUCCGGGAGCUGCUGAAGGGUAAUCCCUGCCAGCACCCAAUCCUCAUUCUCUGUGAUAUGAAGUUCUCUCACCUCCAAUCCAUUCUUCAUUUUGUAUAUCAUGGAGAAGUAGAUGUUUCCCAGGAUGACCUGGGAGACUUUCUGAAAACAGCAGAUGUUCUCCACAUAAAGGGCCUUGCUGAAGAACGGUCAGCAGCUGGAAAUAAGACUGUUGAGUUGAAAGGCAUUUUGCCAGGAAAAGGGUUGAGCAGUCACCGAUCCUUUCCUGCAUCCACAUCAUUUACACCGGUGACACCUUCCUCUUCUACACAUACAGCUGCUCCACAUGACUCUUCACAGCCAAGCACUCCCCGGUCCCUGGACUCUAAUAACACCAAUGACUCUGACCGACCUCUGGAGAUAGUUGACUAUUCUUGCGAGAUAUCUCCAAAGAAAGAGGGAGGAGAGGAAUCUGACAGUGAGGCAGGGAGCAGCAGAAUGGAUUGUGAUGGUGGAGGAACUGCGCUCAAUGUUGGCUACAACACUCCCAUGAACCUCUCUCGAGACAUGAGCAAUCUCUUCAACAGCAAUAGCAACAGUGGAGGGGCGAGUGCUUACUCGCCUCUUGCUGCUGCUGCAGGCAUUCCCCCCACAACCCCCACUGGAGCUCAUCCUGUCUCCUUAAUGCCCUUUCAGGGUCUCCUUACUCCAGGUUCUGAACCUGGAAGCGCAUCAGGACGAAGCCCAUCGUCUUUUCACCCAAGUGGACGACGACCUCGCACUGUCUUUGAUCAGCACCAGUUAAUGACCCUGAAAACCUACUACAAGUACAAUACAAAUCCAAACUCCAGUGAAAUCACUAGACUUGCCCAAGGACUUGGUCUUGAUCGGCGAGUCAUCAAGGUCUGGUUUCAGAAUAAACGAACACGGGAGCGGGAGAAGUCUCUCUCCGUUUUCCCUCCUCUCCCACAAGACCAGUCCAUAGUUGAAGGGGUAUGGUUCCAGAAUGAGAGGGCAAAACAUCGAAAAUUAGCUAUGUGGAGAGCAUCAACAGGUGAUGAUUCAACAUCAACAGCUCCCACUAGCAGCUCCAACAAAGUAUCAGGCAACGAUGCUGGGAGCAGUGGGGAUGAUGGCACAGUUGAACCCAAGAUAGAAUUUUCAUGUGGUGCCAGUUACAGCUCUGAAUCAAAAGCAUGGGUUCAAAACAAGGCAAUACUGACACAGAAUGAGGAGAAGCUCAGACCCCAGCAACCUGUUAUUGAGAGGUCUUGGUAUCGAAAUGAGCAAGCAGAGCACCAGAAGUCAGUUUGGCCUAGUUCAGGGUCACAAGAAGCAAGUUCCACCAGUGAGACAGGGGUGUCAGAUACUAAGCCUGAUGAGGGACAAGGUGAAUCCCAUUCAGAAAUGGACUCCAAAGUGAACUCAUACCCACAGUCAUCAUAUGGUGCAAAAGAGCGGGACCAGGAUGAAUCUUCCACGUGAAGUCAGCUUCAAGACCCACUGUCUGUCAGUUUCUAGUCAAGAGUGGUGUGGCGUGCCAUAUUGGAAGAGUGCUAAAAAUGAGAAUCGUUUUGCCAAAUCCUGUUCUGGCGGGUCAAGAAGAGUAAGGAAACAAGUGAAUCAAAAUUCCUUGGUACCUGUGUGUGAUGAUCAUUUGGCAUGUGGGCCCCCCCUCCCCCCAUCCCUUCCUUUUUUCCACACCCUUUGUCUUGUUCUUUGGUUGUUCACUUUACUGAAUUUUUGCAGAAGGUAACCUAAGAGAUCUACUCACAAGUUCUACUGCUUUAUUAAUAUUCCUCUAGGCCCAAGUGAUAUUAUUUGGAGACAAAAAGUAAUGGGAAAUUUCCUUAUACAUGUCCCUUCAUCAUUUUCUUAAAUAUUCCCUUUUUAUCAUUGUUCAUCUUUGUUUCCUAGCACUCUUGAGUUCACCUUCAGGUUGUUCACCUAACUUCUAGUCAGUUAGUGAGUUCUUGCCUUGUCCCACUUCCUCCUUACUGUAUAUCUUGUCCACGUGGUGCCAUAUUUGCCAGGACCUGCAUUUAGCCGUCUUUGGGUUUUAGCCAACAUGAAAGCACAGAUUGGCCAGAUCUCUCUUGAUUUGGCUGCACUCUUUCUUUCACAUGGCGUGAUAAUCAACCAGAUGCCUGAAUUCGAAACUAUAGUUCCUAAUGCAAGUGAGUACUUUUUCCACUUGGGAACCCAAGUCCUGUCCAUGGUAUGUGUGUGGAUGCUUGAGAGAGAAAGAUUGAAAUCCAGAUUAACCCUUUCUAUAGAUCAAGAAAACCAAGUCACAACCCAAUCAAGAUGGCUGUGACACAUGUACAUAGAGUUGGGGGGCAAAUUAUGUGAUGUACAUUGAUAUUUGUUCAUAGAGCUUGUGCAGUGGGAUGAGAGGGACUGCUCUCUGUCUCUAUAUACUCUGUUGAGUGAUAAUUAUAUCCAAGAGGACUUUCUACGGUCAGUCAUAAUAGGCUGUGGCAUCCAUGGCAGAGCAGUGCUUUGACCUUCAGCAGAGAUGAGAAGUCUCUGUCCAUCGAAAUUCAUCAGAAAGCCUUCCUUCUUUUCCCACUGUCACACUUGGUUGAUAGCUGGUUUAUUUGUGGAGUAGCUGAAGCAACUGAAAGUGAUUCAGAAACAGACAUUUUGCCUCUUCUUUUUCUUGAUUUCUUAAUGUACCGUGUUGAUGUCGGUACACCUAGUUGAGUUGCAGUCCUCCUAACAGUAUUAAGUUUGUGUUAUGAAUUUUUAUAAAGGCAGAAAGAGCAAAGUUGGCUUUGUGUUUUAUCUUUUCACUUUCUUUCUCAGUGUCUUUUGUUGGGUCUUGCUCAAAUGAUCCUGCUUUCUGACUUUCUGUAUUUUGUGUGCUGUUUGCCAACCGCAUUCAUUUCAUGAUAUGCAGAAGUUGAUUUGUGAAUCAUGUGGUUCAUUCUUACAGCUUCUGCAUAGGAAUCAAUUUCAGGAAGGAAAUAUUGGCUUCAUGAUGUGUGCUCUUCGAUCUCAUGUGCUUCCAAGCACUAGCUGCAUCAUGCAUAAACCUUCUGUUCUCUAAUUAAUAAAAAUUCAAUUGUGCAACCAACUUGUCACUGAAUAUCAGUUUGAAGGAAUUUCUUUUCAUGCCUUCUAGUACAAAGAGACAGAAAGCCACUUUUGCAUGAAAACAGGUUGUUAGGCAGCUUAUAUUUUUCAUCCAUUUCAUCACACGUUUGAUACUGUGACUGCUUCAGUUCUUUCUAUGAUGGAAUUGGAAUUGUGUUUCUCGUUCUUUGUUCCUAGGUCUUUUUCUUUAUGUUCUCCUCGUGUGUGGGGAAACUUUUGUAUGGAGCAUGGAAUAAAUAUAUGGACUAUUGC